CAGUAUGAAGCUCCACCAUGUGAACGUCCCACCAUUAAAGUCCAACCGCGCCAAGUAGAGGAGAAUGUUUACCUGGGUUAUCCAGAUCGAACCCCAAACCCUGUUAUUCCCAAAAGACAGGCAGCACCGCCGCCACGACCAGCCAAGAUCACCCCGAUAGGGAAAAGCAUGAAGCCAGAGCCGCCUCACGACCCAGAGGAGUUUUACAUCGACCCCAGUGACAGCAAACCGCCUGAGGUAAUACGUAAAGAUAAACCUGGUAAAAAAGCCCCUCCUAAGAGACCCCCGAUGAGACCUCCACCGGCCCCUCAGCAAGAUGAAGACGUUUACUUGGACCCAAAUGAAGGGCAGGAUGAUGAUACCUAUCUAGAUCCUGUAGCAGAACCUCCUGCACCCCGAAGCCUGGCCCGCAUGCCAUUGCCCCCUAAAACUGUAGGGCGAGACCUUCCACCACAAAUAAUGAAGCCACCUGUUCCCAGAGCCAAAUCUAGUUCGGUCCUGAUCGGUGACACUGUGAACAAAGUUCUGCCGCCGGAAGUAAAACGCGCCACGUUUUCUGGCCAGCUGCCACCCGCACUAAACAGCAAACCGGUUCCUCCCAUCAUCCUCCCCAAAGAACCCAAACCCAGUCCUCCUCCUCCUUCUCUGGACAGCACAGCACUUUCUUUUGGAGCAAAGCCAGUCGCUCAGGGGGCGGGGCUACAGGACAAAGAGUGGUUUGCUGGAGUUUGUGAACGUAAGACUGCAGAGGAAACCGUGCUCAGGAUUAACAAGGACGGCACGUUUCUGGUCAGAUACAGCAGUUCUCAGAAUGACCGUCAGCCCUUCACACUGGUCGUGCUUUACCGGCAGACCGUUUACAACAUCCCGGUGCGCUUCCUGGAGGAUUCGCAACAGUACGCGCUCGGAAAAGAGGGCAAGAAGACGGAAGAGCUCUUCAGCAGCUUGCAGGAGAUGAUCUCUCAUCACAUGAAGAACCCCAUCCUCCUGAUCGACCGUAAGAGUCAAGCUAAACACAGCACUCAGCUCUCACGCCCCGCUCGGCCCUAACGCUGCACCCUCCUCCGCCUGAUACUGACCCUGAUAUCACAAACACGCACUCAUACACUGCCUAAACUAUUUAUUACACUGUGUUUGUAAUGCAGUCAGAUAUUCAUAGUGUGUCUUGUGUUCAGU